AGGCAGGUAUAUUUUCGUACCCGACUCUAGAAUAGGUGGACCCGGUCCGAACCUCCAAGUCUUGACCAACUCAAAAGGUCCUGACUCUCUCUCCUCCUCCUCUCCUCUCUCUCGUCUGUCUUAUGCGCCAAGGGGACCGCGCCCGUCGAAUCCCACCUACGUCUAUCCCUGCUCUGUACGAAAAAAAAGUGCGAGUGUAGACGGGAGGUAGUAUUCGUAUGCACGCACUACGUCGUACAUCCUCUUCUCUUCGUACUACGCCUCGCUAUUCUGCCGUGUUCCUGUUUUGGUCAUCAUUCAGCGUUUCCCACCGAAUCGACCUCGUUAGUUUCCGAAAUCGACCCCCGUUCUGGCCGCUCUCUCUGCCUCCUUGUUCUUCGGCCCUGUCUGUCUUUUUCCUGUUUCGCUACCCGAGUACGAUAUGAUCUCCCGAGAUCUGCUGUCAUAGUUCAAAUAACAUCCGCCUCGCUCCCGAGUUACUCGAUUGCCACUACCGUCUCGGCUAUCCUUGCGCCGCUCCUCCAUCGCGCGCGGCCGACCAUUGAUAAACCCCCCCUCGUUCGUUCUACUGCCGCCCCCAUCGCUGUCCGAAUCCCGUCUCCGUCGCUCAACGCCCGCUCCACGACUCGAGGUCACCUGAGCUACCCAUUUCGAACGCAGGCACAACCACAGUCCGAAGAUGACCUCGGAUUCGCCAAGGGCAUCCAAAGAUGGACAAGACGACAGUGUUGAACGAGCCACGACAGUCUCGACGGCAACUGAGCCGAGCGCCUCUAUUCAUCAACGCGCGCUGAUCCCGCCGCUGCAACCGCAGGAGGGAGUGGGCGCUGCGCUCGGCUCCAAUGCGGCCGCGCUCGAUGUUCGGAUGCACGAGUACCCCAAUGGCUACCACUUCCCGCCGAAAUACCCCAUCAAGGAGAAGGUCCAGAUGGGGCUGGUUGCAUUCUGGGAAUUCUACAACACGGGCUUCGGGUUCUUCCUCGUCAUCUACUCACUCAACAUCAUAGCCUGGGGCGGCAUGCUCUUCCUCCUGCUGUGCAAUGCCGCGCCGGCCAUGUGCUGGGUAGACGGCAUAUUCGACUGCGACCACAUCGAUUCGCCGCGACGGAUAUGGAUAGAGACCACGUCGCAAAUCCUGAACGGGCUGUUCUGCGUAACCGGGUUUGGCCUGGCACCCUGGCGCUUCCGCGACUGGUACUUCCUGCUGGCGUACCGGCUCCGCAGGGACCAGAAGGCGUUACGGACGCUCGCGGGCGUGCAUAGGGGCUGGUUGCGUCUGGCCGGCUCCGACCAGCUUCCCGUACACCUCGGCCCCAAGAACAUCGAGGAGACGAACAUAAGCUAUCACGUCGAUGCCGUUCCCUAUCCCCUCAGCGCUAUAUCCGACCCGCCACCGACCGGCGUCCGGGCGCCCCCCACGACGCUAUGGAAACUAGAUUUCGUCGUGUACUUCAACGUAGCCAACACCUUCCUCCAGUGCGUCCUGUCGGGGUUCAUGUGGGGCCUGAACCGCUACGACCGGCCGAGCUGGUCCACCGGCCUCUUCGUCUGCCUCGCGUGCAUAGCCGGGGCCAUCGCCGGCAUCAUGACAGGCGUCGAAGGCAAACGCGUCAAGGCUAUCGAGGGCGUCCCCCUGACGAAGAGGGACAUAGAGCGGCUGGCACACGAUAAGGAACUGGGCAUCACCCAUUAUAAUAAUAUCAACGACAAAGACCUCGAGGCCGAGAAGGACCGGAGGAAGAAGGGCAAGAAGUGGUUCGGCAAGGCCGAGAAGCCGGGUCUCGGGACCGACAACGAGAGACAGGCGUUUUGCGAUUAGGCCCGGCGUUAACGGGAGGGUUCAUACAUAGACAGUAUGCCUACAUCAUAUCACUAUACCACUGAACUGAACUACAUUUUCCC